UGGUCACACCGAUUUUUGGCAAAUAAAAUAUUCGCAUACAAAAGUAAGCACUUUACCUAUAUAAUGUGUAAUAUAUAAUCGAUCAAAUACCUGUUCGAGCCAUCAUAAAUGCCAACGAUAUCAAGUUUACAUCCGCGAACCCAGUGAAAUGGAAAGAAAGUGAUUGCUUAUUCGCCCCACGAACAAUUGUUUGUGUGUUUGUACUUAGUGACGUGCGCUCGCUGCGCUGCCACUGCGCUGCUACCGCGCUGUCUCUGCCCAACUGCAACGCAAAAGGGGAACCUAAAGUAUUGGAUAUCUAGAUCACGUAGGAUCGUAGGAUCGCAGGAUGGAAAAGUUUCCGCUUAAGGGGAGCAGGGAAGCUGCCGCGGAAGGCAACAGCUACAUAACCGCCUAUCAAACGGUCAUGAAAAAGUCGAACGGCCACACGAACGGAGCUGGCGGUGACGGCGACCUAGACGGAUCUUUUCGUGAUCACCCGCUAGCCCAGCACUCCAAACUGACCACCUCGCUGACGGCACCGGGCACCGACGACGAGGACAUGAUCGACAUCACACCGCGCUCCAGUCCGGGAGACGUAAUUGGCGGCGGCGGCGGAAGCAGCAGCGGCUAUCAUCGGGAAACGGCAACAGAAUCGGACACCGAGCGAGAUUUCGGACACUUAGGCGGCAGCGGUGGCAAUCAUCACAAUCAGCGGACAAUGCACCAGCAUCACCACCAGCAUGUGCCAACUCACAGUGCCUUCGGCGAUCCCAUGGACGGAGCACUAUCCUUCUAUGGUUCCUCGGAUGUACAAGAUGAUAUUCCUGGCAUUGGACAGUACGAAGAUUUCCACACCAUCGAUUGGCAGCGGGAUAUUGCCCGGGACCGAAUGCGACAUCGCUAUAUAGUCAAGAAGCGUCAAGACUCCUUGUGGGAUCUAAUAAAGGGUUCGAUUGAUGCUGGAUCUGGAUGGCUAUGCGUUUUGCUUGUCGGCAUAGCUGCUGGUUGUGUGGCGGGUAUGGUAGAUAUUGGAGCCAGUUGGAUGUCGGAUUUAAAGCAUGGCAUUUGCCCACCCGCAUUUUGGUUUAAUCGAGAACAAUGCUGCUAUCCGGCUAAGCAGUCUGUGUUUGAAGAAGGCAACUGUUCGACGUGGAAAACCUGGCCUGAGAUCUUUGGCCUAGAUCGUAAUGGUACCGGACCAUAUAUUGUCGCUUACAUAUGGUAUGUGCUUUGGGCCUUGUUAUUCGCAUCGCUCAGCGCCUCCCUAGUGCGUAUGUUUGCACCAUAUGCUUGUGGAUCUGGUAUUCCAGAGAUAAAAACCAUAUUGUCUGGCUUCAUUAUACGCGGUUACCUAGGAAAAUGGACGCUGCUAAUCAAAUCAGUGGGUCUGAUGCUGUCCGUGUCUGCUGGACUCACUUUGGGCAAAGAAGGACCCAUGGUCCACAUUGCCAGUUGUAUCGGCAACAUAUUCUCGCACGUUUUCCCUAAAUAUGGUCGUAAUGAGGCCAAGAAGCGUGAGAUUCUUUCGGCGGCAGCCGCGGCAGGUGUCUCUGUAGCCUUCGGAGCACCUAUCGGUGGAGUCCUGUUUUCGCUGGAGGAAGUAUCAUACUACUUCCCUCUGAAGACGUUGUGGCGGUCCUUUUUUUGUGCGUUAAUAGCUGCGUUCGUCCUGCGAUCCCUGACUCCGUUUGGCAACGAGCACUCAGUGCUGUUUUUCGUGGAGUACAAUAAGCCAUGGAUCUUCUUUGAACUCAUUCCUUUUGUUUUCCUAGGUAUUAUGGGGGGUGUAAUUGGAACCUUCUUCAUCAAAGCCAAUCUAUGGUGGUGCCGCUACAGGAAGUUCAGCAAGCUGGGCCAGUAUCCCGUCAUGGAAGUUCUCUUCGUCACCCUGGUCACUGGCAUUAUUUGCUACCCUAACCCAUUUACGCGUAUGAACAUGAACGAGUUAAUAUUCCUAUUGGUCAGCAAGUGUUCACCCGGCGAUGUCACCAAUCCUUUGUGUGAAUACAAACGCAUGAACAUCACGAUGGGCAACUCUAUCAUUGAGGUCACGGAGCCUGGUCCCGGCGUGUACAGCUCCAUUUGGCUGUUAAUGCUUACCUUUAUCCUCAAACUGGCCCUGACUAUCUUUACGUUUGGCAUGAAAGUGCCGGCUGGAUUGUUUAUUCCGUCCCUACUCCUCGGCGCCAUCAUGGGCCGCAUUGUGGGAAUUGGCGUAGAGCAGUUUGCCUACAGCUAUCCAAAUAUAUGGUUCUUCACCGGUGAAUGUGCGGACAGCAAUCUCAUUACGCCCGGAUUGUAUGCAGUGGUUGGAGCUGCAGCUGUACUUGGAGGUGUAACUCGCAUGACUGUCUCUUUGGUAGUGAUAAUGUUUGAGCUGACGGGCGGUGUGAGGUAUAUUGUGCCCCUGAUGGCAGCUGCCAUGGCCUCAAAGUGGGUGGGUGACGCUCUAGGCAGGCAGGGCAUCUACGAUGCGCACAUAGCACUGAAUGGGUAUCCGUUCCUAGACAGUAAGGAGGAGUUUGCGCACACAACGCUUGCCGCGGAUGUUAUGCAGCCAAAACGCAAUGAAACUUUAAAUGUUAUCACCCAAGACUCCAUGACGGUGGACGAUGUGGAAAACCUGCUUAAAGAGACAGAACACAAUGGGUAUCCAGUGGUGGUGUCACGAGAGAAUCAAUAUUUAGUAGGCUUUGUGCUGCGCAGGGAUCUUAACUUGGCCAUAGGUAAUGCUAAGCGUCUGAUCGAAGGCAUCAGCAGCAGCUCUAUAGUAUUAUUUACCUCGACCCAGCCCAUUCAAAAUCUGGGACCCCAGCCUCUGAAACUGAAAAAGAUCCUGGACAUGGCGCCGAUCACAGUGACGGAUCAAACGCCAAUGGAAACGGUGGUGGAUAUGUUCCGCAAGCUUGGGCUGCGACAAACAUUAGUGACACAUAACGGUCGUCUACUCGGGGUGAUUACCAAAAAAGAUGUGUUGCGCCAUGUGAAGCAGAUGGAUAACGAAGACCCUAAUACCGUGCUCUUUAACUGAAUUUAUCAGCCAAUCAGAAGCUGGGCGAGCGCUGCUUCUAGUUAUUAUUAUGCGAACUAUCGCAAACAACAAUAUUUGAUAUGUGCAAAAUGCAGAUUGCAAUCUAAGCUUAAGUGAAAAGUUAAAAGUGUGGAUGUAGAGUGGACUGAAGUGGAUUAAAGUGGAAUCGCGUGAUUAGAUCAGUUAGGAUCGGACGUUCAAACGUGAGAGAUUUAGCAAAAUUGUGUGCAGUUCUAUUAUAUAUUUAUAUAUCGCAUAUAUCUCGUUAAUGUUAAUUGUAUAAUUUAUUUUACUCUAGGCAAAUGGUUAUAAAGGAUGUGUAUUCAUUUAUCGCCAUUUUGUAAUUAUGUCAUUGUAACACUUUUUGUACACACCACAUAUUAUUUUUAUAUGUUCACCUCGAGCCUGAUUAAGAGUGUACACUAUGGAACGAUAAAUAGUUGAUAAAUGGAAACUUUUAUUUUGUGAAUCGUACGUGAAAGACGCCGUUUUACCAAGAUCCGAAGAGCAGUCUAUAAUUUUACGCAAUAGUUUCGAUAUGGAUAUACGUUUUUUUGCAUUUUGUUCAAAAUUAUACACAGAGAAAUUCUUGUUUAUAAAAUAUAUAGUCUAUAUUUACAUGUGGUAUUUGUUAGAGAUCUGAGAAAUUUUAAAAUAAACUCGUGUAUAUAGCAA